UGAUCACAACCACUUAUUACAUCGAAAUAAAGUGACGAAUUGUUGAUUGUGUAAUAAUGCCUAUUAAGCAAAUUAAUUCACGCUGGUAUUCGGUGCGACGUUGGAGCCGCAAUGAAUAUUGGGUACAAAGAAGAAAAGAUGCACGGAGACGAGUGGCGGAGGAUGCCCAAGUUGCGGAUAUUAAUGUGCAUCCUGCUGCCGAUGUGCAGAUCCGUGACGAACGUCAAUACACGCUUGACAAGGAUGAAGGGGCUUCGCAGAAUGUUCGCAUUCAUGCUGCGCUUGACGAUAUGGGGCUCAGAAAUGAUUCGGAAACAUUACCUCCGUGCGAUACAAAAUUGUCAACCGAAGAGCUGAUCGCUGUGCUGGAAUCCGAAAACGACGAUAACGAGGCAUUUCCGAAUUUACUUGUGGAGAGAACUGAGAAUAUCGAUCAGAAUUCAAUUGAUCGAGUAACAAAAAGCCUCCAAGGUAGACAAAUCGUAGAUUUCGCAUAUAUGUUUUGGGAUCUGCUCAUCAAAUUCGAAAAUCACUGCAGAGGUGUUCAAUGCUGCUUCCGAGAUCUUGCCAUGACAGGAUCGCAACGUUUCGGACUGGAAAAGAAAUUCAUAUUCACGUGUAGAAUGUGCAAUUAUGAAGACCAUGUCUGGAGUGAGGCGCAAGACGAGGCGUGCAUGGACGUCAACCGUAGUGCGGUGGCCGGUACCAUCGCGAUCAGGACCGGCUUCAGGCAGUUGCAGGAACAGCUCGCGGCAAUGAAUAUUUCGUAUAUAAAAUUACCACGACAACUUAUCGGUGGGAUUUGUAAAAGCAACUGCCAGCGAAAUAAAACUUGCGGCCAGAGAGGAAAAACGGUUGGCCGUGGAAAGGAGCGACGUCGUUGAUCGAAUUGUCUACCCUCUCUAUC